AUGACGGCCGCAAUUUUGAGCGUACUAAGUAUGUAUAUUUUUGCGACCAGAAUAUGUGGAAUCAUUCAAGUUCAAGCUGAUGAAUUGAUAGGUAAGGAAUCUGUGUAAUCUAGACUUGGAACUUGUUCAUUCUCUGUUCCUAGGUUUUCUGGGGAUCGCAGAGCUCAGACAGAACGAAUAAAUAUAUAAAUAAAGAAGAUCUUUAAGUAAACUCUUUAAAUGCAUAGAGGUCAAUCACUGAGCUGUUGAACAUUUUUUUAUUAUUCACUGACUGCUGUUUGCGUUUUGAUCUUCAGUGGUACAGAAAUAAAGAGUGGGUUCUUAGUCUCUCGGUAUUCCGAAUAGGUUAAGGGUGGGAAUCGAUUUUGGUCUAAGCUGAGGUAUGGCUCUCGUUUACUGGAGUCUGGUGAUAAUGGUAUGUGUUUGUAUGGAAAAGGUCCAAUUUCUGACAUUCUAUUUGACGUUUCUCAAAAUCAAGAUCGCGUUUUAGUCGAGGAUUCCUAGUUCUACCGAGAAAUGAUUUUCUCUCGCCUCCCUAACAGAUUCUCUGCAAAAAUUCAAUAAGACUUUCACACAUUUGGUACAUCCAUUUAGUACAGGAAAUCUGAAGGAUGCCAUGUUCUAUUAAUCCAAUCCAUGUUUUACCAACCCAGUCCAGUCUAUGUUUUAUCAUAUGCCCAUUUAGUUUGAAAAGGUCUCAGUACCAGCCGAAGUUUGAGCUCGAUUUACUCAUCUUUACGUCUCAGAAGUAAAGAGAACGAGCCGGUAUAUUUGAGGGCUGAGUCUGUACCCACAUACCGCCAUUUUUCAUAAAUGUUUUGACGCUAAACAUGUUCUUAAGUUACUUGAUAUAAAAUUUCUAAAAAGAAAACAUGACCUGAGAUAAGCAACGUUUGAACAAGGAAAUGUGAUUCAACAGCAAUUAAUUUGGCAACGAAACUACGCGACGGAAAACAUGAAGAAAGUCCCGGAAAAAGUACAUCUUAUACUUUUACGUCUUGGCCUCAACAUGAUGAUAAGUUUAAUGAACGUUAAAAUACUUCAUACUUUUGUUAACUUAUGAUUUUCUUGGGAGCCAUGACCAAAUCCUAUCCUCUAACACUGUUUUUUUUUAACCACUGUUGCGUUCAUUUUGUUUCAGCAGCCGAUGCACGAAGCCCUUGUAAGGUCAGACGAGAUGUUUCUACAUACAGCAAACGUUUUCACAUUCCCAGCAAAAUAGCCGCGGAAAAGUUUCCAUUCUCAGCCGCGGUUAAACUAAGUACCAGGUGCACAGGCGUGGCUGUCACUGAGCGUCACGUGAUCACUGCUGCACAUUGCGUGACAACGAACAGAGGAUCAAGGCGAACUGUCGGUAAAUACUUGCAUAAAUUGUCUGCUCUUACUAGUGGAGAGCGUUCUUCCAGCAGUAAUGAUAGAGUACUUGUACUAUUCCCGCUUUCCUUUUCCAAAAGAUAAUAACACGUUCUCGACUUUGGAUGUUCUCCUUCUUGUUUCCAGACUCCCUCCGGUUUUUCCCCAACAGCUGGCUUUGUUAACAGAUUUCUGUUGCAUUUCAGAUAAGCGAAUUCAAGUUGGCUUUUUAACAUCAUCUGGCGAUUUCAUCUGGAUUUCUGUCAAACGAAUAUUUGUUUCCAAAGGAUGGACUAAAGGGGUACACUUACUACAUGUCAUUGGAACUCUACAAACAGAAUAUAAUAAGAUUUGACAGUUUUUGCAUUGUUAGACAAGAGUGCAUAUAAAAAGGCGUUUCUCUAUAAACAGGAUUUCUUCUCAAUAUUUUCUGGUUUUUUUUCUUGCAGUUGAGACCGUCCAUAAAAGAUGACUUUGCCCUUUUGGUCCUUACUAAGAAGCAUAACCGUCCUUUCUUGUCUCCCGCCACUGUAAAUUCUUCCGUUGCUGUGGAAGCGAAAAGUUACGUUUACUUUUCAGCAUUUGAUGACGUCGACAAGCCAAAGCAUCUUAUGUAUCGGGUGUGUCAGGUGCAGGGAGAAGCCUACGGGGUGGUUUAUCAGGAAUGUUCCACAGAGAAUGGAGCCUCCGGUGCGGGGGUUUAUAUGCAAGUCUACGACUUGGAGAUAAACGAUUGGGAUCGAGUGGUAAGCAUCCACAGGUGUGAUACCCUGUAUGGGUGGGUAAAAAAGAAAUUCGGCGAGCAAAGCGAGCUAAGCGUGACCUGGGGGAGAAGAAGGCCUUUUUUCUUCCCCCAAGCCACGCUCGGCUUUUCACCCGGCUCCACUUGGAAGCCUGUUCGCAAGCUACUGGUGGAAUGCAAAUUUUUUUUUUUUCAGUGUCAAAAGUAAUAUUGUCUUGCUUUUCUCCCUUUUGCUUAUAGCUUGUUGGAAUACAGAACACUAAGUACAGCAAGCAAUUGACUGGGAAACAGCUAUCGGUGACGCUGUGGUUCACGGAAGAUAUUCUUAGGAUCCUGUGCUCCUGGACUUCAAAGAGUCGCUAUAGUUUGUGCAACAAUCGCUGAUAACAUUUCAUACAAUCGUGUUAUCAACCAACACUUCUCGAGACAAUUGGACCAGUGGGACUGGGGCGGAUGGGAGAGAAAUCACCGCCUUUCACAAUUCCCUGAGGGUUUUCAGUCCAGGAUGCGUCAUUGCAAUACAUAACCGUGAUAACGAC